UGUUGCUUGUACAGUGGUAAGCUUUGUCUGCGCCUCCCAGCAUACCGGGGAAGACAUGAAUGGCACAAGCACAUUGCCCAGCAAGGAAAUGGAAGCCUUUGACGGAGGAUCUGUGGCAGCCUGCGUAAUUCUGAGCAUCUCUUUCCUGGUGGGCACACCGGGGAACAUUCUAGUCAUCUGGACAAUCUUGCAGCAUGUCAAGAAGCGGUCCCACACCGUAAUGCUGAUCCUGCAUCUGGCUAUUGCUGACCUCCUGGUGCUUAUCACGCUUCCUCUCUGGAUUUUCUCCUUCAUCCACUCCUGGCUCUUUGGUGAGGCUGUAUGUAAAGCCAUGGUCUACAUCGUCAACUCCUGCAUGUAUGCCAGCGUGUUCCUCAUCACGUUAAUGAGCAUGGAACGAUUCAUUGCUGUCCGACACCCCUUUGCCUGUGUCAGCUGGAAGAAGAGGAAUUUGCUGAACAAGGUACUGUUGCCCUUGUGGAUUUCAGCCUUCCUCCUCAGCAUUCCCGUCAUCCCCACGCAGAUUCUGGAUGACGAGGAGCAGUGUCUGUCCAGGAACUACACCUCGGUUAGUCAGGAGGUUGUCUGCUUGCUUCUGGAAACUCUGCUCGGAUUUGUGAUCCCUUUCUCCAUCAUGGUCAUCUGCUACAGCUGCCUGUGGAGCCGCAUUACGCAGAUGACCUUCAAGUCCAAGCAGAAUCCUAUGGUUUUAAUUAUUAGCAUCGUUGUCCUCUUUGCCUUGUGCUGGAUUCCUCACCAUGUGGGAAACAUCCUGUCCCUGGUAGCACUCAUCAUUGAGAAUUCAAGUUCAUAUUCUGACUUGAUGCAGAGUCUGGAGUCUGCCAGGGAAAACAUGGCCUUCGCUACAGGGGCUUUGGUUUUCAUCAGCAGCACUGUGAACCCCAUUCUAUACGUCUUCGCUGCACGCACAUUCCGAAGUUCGCUCUGGGAGAGCGGCAUGCUGAAGCUCUUCCGCCACAUCUCCAGCUCAGCUACAGGUGAAGGGACCAAGGAACUGUCAUUUGUGUCCAAAAGACACAGUUCUCAAUGUGAGCCCUCUGCAUGCAGCACAGAUCCAAAAGUUUUUGUAGACAUUGAUAUAGGCGAAAAUGCUUUUUCCUGA